UGGUUCCUGAAGCAACCUUUUGGAGUUUUGCUUGCACCCUGGCGUCUCGGGAAUUGGCAUUCAUGUUGCGACAGCAAAAUCCUCGAGCUGCAAAAUGAAUAUGGCACUUGGGACGAGGCGUACAAACGGUGCUGCUCCCUUGGAAUGGACCUCCUUUCUGUCCACAAUCCAGCCAAGCAAUACUGCUUGGGAAAUCCUUACAAAAAUAGCAACCCGAACGAGAAAGGGUAUCUUCCUUUUCGGUCAGAGGCGUGGACGGCUGGGCGGGAUAUCGAGUCCUGCCGCGGACAAUUGCGAUGGUGCACCGGCUACCUGAACGACUACCUUAAAAGUGACCUGACCUGGAAAAAGGGCCAUGAUCCUAGAUUUGCAAACAACUCGUGCGUCUACGUCGAUUUUGGCGAUCCAGUUGAGCCCAGUCUGGCGCUGGCAGAUUGCUCAGAAAAGAAACAAAUCAUCUGCGAGGCGCCAAUGGGAGUCGGCUUCAAAUCGCAGAUGCAUUAUCACCCUUGCAGGAGAAAUUUCAAAGUUAAAGAAAGCGAAGCCGAGAAAAUUUGGAACACCGGCGAUUUGAGCCGCAUCAGUUACGCAAUUAAAAAAAUGAUUCAAUGCCUAGCAGAGCACAUAGGACUGGUGUACAACUCGACAAAAAUCAACUUGCACGUUUAUAUGAAAAUGGUGUCCAGAAUGCUGGAUUCCCUCGAAAAGGCCAUAUUGAACAAAACGAUGUCGUACAAAACGUCGUUGCCAUCGUCGAUCCGAGCCCGUUACGGUGAGAAGAAGAGCAAAAUAUUCGAGGAUGACUUGAUUGCUGCUGGGGCGGACCUAUUAUUGUCAAGCCACUUUGAUUUUGCCACCGAAAUGAUGAACAAACUCGACGAAUGCAGAGCAAUCAAAAACAAAAACGAGGAAACAUUCGCGUUUGACUUCCUGGCGUGUCUCCUUCAGUCCAAGGUGUUGGACCGCUUCUGGAAAUUUUAUGAUUUCAACCUUGAACAAAGCAGUGUGAUUCCCGUGGACCACGAUCUAAACUCACCGUGCAUGACGUUUGAUAAUUUUUUGAUAUAUAAUCCGUCUUUAUGCAUUCCAGCCGAUGGUUUGCUUCCGCUAACUGAAUAUGGGCCUUUUAUUACCCUGAAACCGAUCAACAUAAAAAUGCUGAAAACGUCAUCUUUCACCGCGUGUUUGGAGAGGAAUGGCUCGCUUCCUUACGCGGAAACCAAGCAGGAUUUUGAAACGAUCUACAAUUAUAUCAGAAGAGUGAAUCCGACGCUGACGAUAAUCUGGGACCAAGGCUUUUACGACAAGCUGAACGAUAAAUUCAUGUGGUGCCGCAGUCAUGAUUUCAUCCCCUUUGGACCCGAGGCAAAUAUUCCGAUCCCUGUCGCCGUGAACGCGACGAUCAAAGAGGACUUCGUGAUGCUGGUCUCGCUGCCGGGUGCGACGCCAAAUCUGCACGCCGUCCCCGCCACCGAGCAGCUCAAGUACCAAACCUCAGUCUUUUGUCGCUUCCAAGAUUACGUCACGAACGAGUGCUCAACCAACGAGUGAGCCAAAGACGUGGGAGUACUACAUGCUUUUAAAUUAUCCGAUUUGGGAAUUCAAUUGUUAUAGCAUUAAGUUUUUUCCGGCAAUCCAAAUAUGUCUUUUGAAUACUUCUCUUUAAUCAUUUGCACAAUUUUGGAUCCUAAAACCGUGGUUAUUAAUCAAAAUUCACGAGUAAACAUCUGAUGUAAAUUAACUAUUCAAAAUAGUAAUAACUAAUCUAGAAAAAAAUGGUUUCACGGAUAAUUUGAUUUGCCUCUGAUUGUUAUUAAA